CAAAUACAUUUGGAAUUUUUAUAAAUACAUCACUAAAACGUAAACAAUUGAUCAUAUGACGUAAAGAAGUGUGGUUAAAAUGUUUGCGAUUUACGUUUUUGAAAUUUCUCACCCUGAGUUGUUGAUUGAAACUGCGCCCUUAACAUCUGUGUUGUCGUGGGACAUUUUCACCAAGAGUUUGUUGCAGAAAUACGAUUUUUCAUUCUUGAAAAUUUGUUGUGCAAAUGUGUGGUUCAGUUUUAUAAUUGCAUUGCUUAAACGCACAUUGAAUAGUUUGACGUGUUAAGUAAAGUGCAAAUAAAAUAAAAUGUCUCGUAGUCCUGGCCCUAUACCCGAUCGUUGGCUUCGCUGUCCGAGAAAAUGUGUACAUGUCAUUUCGGAGAAAUUUUUAGCAUUUAAAACUCCGUUAAGCAAUGCAUUUGAUAGUCAAAUGCCAAUGGAGUGUGUGUUUCCACCUGAUAUGAUUUUCGGAUAUUGCAAUUCGCUUAAGCUGAAAUUGGGUUUAUGGAUUGAUCUAACAAAUACAAAACGUUUUUAUAAUCGCGAAAUUGUUGAACAAAAUGGAGCACAAUAUAUUAAACUGCAAUGCAGAGGACACGGUGAGACGCCAUCAAUUGAACAAACACGUUCGUUUAUAGAAAUUGUUGAUAAUUUUAUAAAUGAAAGACCUUUCGAUUUGAUUGGAGUGCACUGCACGCACGGCUUUAAUCGCACAGGUUUUCUAAUAAUUUCGUAUUUAGUGGAGCGUUUAGAUUGCUCAGUUGAAGCUGCAUUGUCUAUGUUUGCGGUAGCACGUCCACCUGGAAUAUAUAAACAAGAUUAUAUAAAUGAAUUGUUCUCUCGUUAUGAGGAGGCAGAAGAAGCAACUGAAGCACCGGAACUACCCGAUUGGUGCAAUGAAGUUGAUUAUGAUGAUACUCCAAGUGGUACAUCGAGUAGCGGGCGCAAACAUAAAUUAAAUGAUGAAGAGUCAACAUCUCAACAAGAAAAUAGCAAUGGUACAUUGAGUGAUGAUGACACCAGUAGUUUAGGUAAUGACACGGAAUCUAAACCAGAAAGAGGCAACAAACCACAUAAAAAACGUAGACGCGAAUUAAUCAUUAAAAAUCCUACAUUUAUGGCGGGUGUGCCAGGUAUUUCUGUAGUUUCUGAACAACCACUUUUGGGUGAUCUACAGCUAAAAGUGCAGGCAAUGUGUGGAUGGAAUAAAAGCGGUUUUCCUGGUGCACAACCCGUAUCGAUGGACCGAACAAAUCUAAAGUUUAUACAUGAACAACCAUAUCGUGUGUCAUGGAAGGCUGAUGGCACAAGGUAUAUGAUGCUCAUCAAUAAACGCGAUGAAAUAUACUUUUUUGACCGAAAUAAUUCAUGCUUUCAAGUGCACAAUUUAACAUUUUUGAAAGCUGGUAAUUUACUAGAACAUCUAGAAAAUACGCUGCUUGAUGGUGAGAUGGUUAUCGACAAACAUCAAGGACAAAAUAUACCACGUUUUUUAAUUUAUGACAUUAUCAAACUCGGAAACGAAGAAAUAGGCAGGCAACCAUUUUAUCCAGAUAGAUUACGUUGUAUUAAGAAAAAAAUAAUUGAUCCACGGUAUGAAGCUAUAUGUAGGGGCGUAAUAAAUAGAACAGAAGAACCAUUUAGUGUGAGAAAUAAGGAUUUUUGGGACAUCAACCAAGCUGGUGCUCUCCUUGGCGAGAAAUUUGCAAAAUUACUAAGUCAUGAACCAGAUGGCUUAAUAUUCCAACCAUCAAGAGAUCCAUACAAUGCCGGAGUUUGUCCUAACGUACUUAAAUGGAAGCCAUCUGAUAUGAAUUCUGUUGAUUUUCGUUUAAAAAUUACUAUGGAAAGUGGUACUGGUAUUUUACCAAGAAAAGUGGGCUUACUCUUUGUUGGUGGGCAAGAUCAUCCGUUCGGCAAGAUGAACGUUACUAAAGUCAUGAAGGAUUUGGAUAACAAAAUAAUUGAAUGCACUGCUAAUAGUGUCGGGCAGUGGGAAUUUAUGCGCGAACGUACGGAUAAAACAUUACCGAACAGUUACAAAACUGCAUGUGCUGUAAUCGAAAGUAUACGGACACCCGUAACAAAGGACAUAUUAUUGAACUUUAUUGCUUCCUAUGGUAACCGAGACGAUGCCGAUAUCAUGCCACCUCCUGCAACAUCUCAUAUACACCGGGCCGCACCACAAGUUCCGCGGGAAAAUUGACAACAAAUGCAAAGCGCUAUGACAAGUGCAAAACAAAGUGAAAAAUAAUUUAUUAACUGCAUAUAGUAGCAUAUUUAUUUGUGAAUAAAUUGCUCAUUUAAACUCUUUUAAAAGACAUUUUCAAACGAAUGUUGUAAAUAAAGCAGGCAAACUACUCAA